AUGUGGCUCUUUCGAGUCUUUUCGUCGGCCUUGUUCCUCGCCGUCACGGUCUCGUCCAUCCCACUAGCUUUCGAUGUGGGCGGCAAGACAUGCGGCCUGGCCUUUUCGCUGUCUCUGGCGACAUUCUACUUUCUCAUCUCCUUACUGAAACUCAGUACCCCUGACCGCUCGUGGUUCCGUUCGUCGGUGAUCACAAUCCUCCGUGCCACCCAAUGGGUUGUGAUAUGUGUGCUUCUCAUUUGGUCGCUGAAUCGAUUCUCAGUUGAAACCGACAAUACAAGUGGAUGGAUGGAGCGCACUUUCAGUGGGAAGAGGGCACAGGACAGCUCUAUCCAAGAAUGGCUCUUUGGUCGCGACGGCUUGGUGGAAACCGUGGCCUUGGGCAACUGGGAUAGAUUGUUGAGAUGGUCGACACCUGUUUUCCAACUGGCAGAAGGGUUCUGUAGUUUACUGGUGAUUCAAGCUGCUGGUCAAAUCACGCGCUGGCUCGUGAAUCGCGGUGGGCGUAGCGAUAGCUGGAUGAUUGGCCUUCUGGUACUGUCCGCGACCAUCAUCUCCAGCUCCGUCUACUUCCUCUGGCGGGUUCUGCAAUUCCCCGAAAUCUCCAACGUCGAUGCGGCCUUAAUCGGUGUGUCGAUCACCUGCGCCGUUAUUCUGUGUGCUUGGGGUAUCGGCAGUGGGCGCGGCAACCCUGUCGAGAGCUCUCUUCUUUUCGCCUACAUUGUGUUGUGCAUUUACCAGAUAUUCACCGACUAUAAGCCAUCGCACCCCUUGGAACAGAUUCCCUCGCCUUCGCAAGCCGGAGACUUCCCGCCGCUCCCUCCCAUUAUCAUGGCCUCGUACACAACCCUCAUGCAUGCGCUGUCUCUCCUACCGUCGAUAAUCCACGCCGCUUUCAACGUGAUAACCGCAGUAUUCAGCGCUGUCACACCAUCCGUACUUAUCUCGCUCGCCUACCGCCUUCUGGUGCUGUAUGCUUCCACCCGCAUCAUCCCAGCUGUCCGCGAGGCUGGGUCUCGCGCUCUCUACCAGGAAGCCUCCAUCGACGAUUCCGACGCAGCAGGCCAAGUGCUUGGCUUCCUGAGCUAUUUCGCCCCGACUAUUCUCAUCUCCGUCUACACUAGUCUCCUCAUGCAGCAUUUCGCAUCUACAUCGCAAGCAAUGGGCGGUAGCGGCGAAUGGUGGAGCAGCCAGGGCGGGGGUGGAGGAAACCCAUGGCGAUGGAUCAACCUGGCCUGCACUAUAAGUCUGUACGCAGUCGAACUCUGGCUCGGCGAGCACAACGACAUCGACAAUGGACUUGCAGGUCACUGGAAAACCGACUGA